AUGGCACCUCCGCCAGAAAUCUCUAUCCCCUCCACCAGCGUAUCUGACGAAGGAUCAAAGAAGCCGUAUACACUCUACAACAUCACACUGCGACUUCCCUUGAGAUCCUUUGUGUUGCAAAAACGAUAUUCGGACUUUGACGAGCUCAACAAGACCCUCACACAGCAAGUCGGCGCGCCACCUCCAGAACCUCUGCCUGGCAAACACUGGCUCAAAUCUACUGUCAACUCUGUAGAAUUGACCCGCGACCGUCAAGUAAAACUCGAGAAAUAUCUGCGAGCAAUCGCAGAGUCACCCGAUCGACGAUGGCGCGACACUUCAGCUUGGAGAGCGUUCUUGAACUUGCCCAGCUCAAGCACAACCAACUCGGCACUGUCGGCUAGUGGAAUGGUUAGGAGCGCAGCUUCUGGCGCCGCUGACCCAGGUACAUGGCUGGAUAUCCAUCGGGACUUGAAACAAAAUCUACAUGAAGCGAGACAGUGUUUGUCCAGAAGAGACGCAGCGGUAGACAGCGGCAAUUCGACAGCUGCAGCGGAAGCAGGCGCAGCAGCCAAGAGGGUCCUCGUACGAAGUGGAACCUUGAUCGCGACACUUGCGGAUGGACUACGAAAGAUACAAGAGUCAGGGCGACUUGGUGAGGGAGAAUUGCGACGACGUCGCGAUCUAGUUUCCCAAGCUCGUAUGGAGAGAGAGGGUCUCGAUAAGCUCUCCAACAGCAUGCCCAGCUCAACAGCAACUGCUGGCCGAGGCGGAUUCAGUCAAGGGCAAGCCUCAGCAGCUGAUAAAGCAGGGCUGUUAAGAGGAGGCCGUCCCGCUGGCCGUGUCUUGGGUGCUCCUUUACCAGAGACGGAUAAGACUCGCGAACUGGAUAACCAAGGGGUUUUGCAACUCCAAAAGGAAGAGAUGCAGAACCAGGAUCUUGCAGUCGAUCAACUCACCGCGAUCAUCCGACGGCAGAGACAAAUGGGCGAACAAAUCCACGAUGAAGUUGAACAACAGAUCCUAAUGCUAGACCAGCUCGACGACGACGUCGACCGGACAGGAGCGAAGCUCAAGGUGGCCAACAACCGUAUUAAGAAGAUGUGA